CAGUAACUUAGUGCAUCGAUUAGUGCUUGUGCCAUGAAAGUAGAAGACGGCUCAUGUCUGGGAGGAGAAAGGCUUGGUAAGCAGGGCACCAUGGCGGCAGGAUCCCAGGGUCCAUGGUCGCUGGUCCUGGGCCUGCUGCUGUGUGCGCUUUGCCCCAUUGUGUCGCAGAGUGGGAAGCUAUUGUUGGUUCCCAUGGAUGGCAGCCACUGGCUGAGCUUGCUUGGGGUCCUCCAGCAGCUGCAGGAGAGGGGACAUGACACAGUCGUCAUAGCACCUGAGGCCUCCACGCACAUUAAAGAAGGAGCGUUUUACACCUUGAAGACAUACCCUGUGCCAUACCAACGGCAGGAACUGGAGGAGACAUUUACCACUCUUGGGCAUGACAUUUUUGAGAAUGAGCCUUUCCUGUGGCAUGUGGUCAAAACAUACAGGAGAAUCAAAAAGGACUCUGCUCUCCACCUGUCCGCCUGCUCCCAUUUACUGCACAACAAGGAACUGAUGGCCUCCCUGGUGGAAAGCCGCUUCGAUGUCGUGCUUGCAGACCCUUUCCUUCCUUGUUGGCCCAUUGUUGCCCAGUCCUUGGCUCUGCUUGCUGUGUUCUUCUCAAAUGCCCUGCCGUGCAGCCUGGAUUUUCAGGGUGCCCAGUGUCCCAACCCUCCAUCCUAUGUGCCCAGGGCUCUGUCUCUGAACUCAGAUCACACGACCUUCCUGCAGAGGGUGAAGAACAUGCUCAUCACCUUCUCAGAGAACUUUCUGUGCAAUGUGGCUUAUUCCCCAUAUGAACCGCUUGCCUCAGAAGUCCUUCAGCGAGAUGUGACUGUCCAGGACCUUAUGAACUCUUCAUCUAUCUGGAUUCUCAGAGGUGACUUUGUGAAGGAUUACCCCAGGCCCAUGAUGCCCAAUAUGAUUUUUGUUGGUGGGAUCAACUGCAACAGCCAUAAUCCACUCUCUCGUGAAUUUGAAGCCUAUAUUAACGCUUCUGGAGAACAUGGGAUUGUGGUUUUCUCUUUGGGCUCAAUGAUCUCAGAGAUUCCCGAGAAGAAAGCCAUGGAAAUUGCUGAUGGUUUGGGCAAAAUACCUCAGACCGUCCUGUGGCGGUAUACUGGACCACGGCCAUCGAAUCUUGCAAAUAAUACAAUUCUUGUCAAGUGGCUGCCCCAAAAUGAUCUACUUGGUCACCCAAAGACGCGGGCCUUUAUCACGCACUCCGGCUCCCACGGCAUAUACGAAGGGAUAUGCAACGGCGUCCCCAUGGUGAUGCUGCCCUUGUUAGGCGACCAGAUGGACAACGCAAAGCGCAUGGAGACCCGGGGUGCUGGGGUGACCUUGAAUGUCCUGGAAAUGACGUCUGAAGAUUUAACAAAUGCCCUGAAAACUGUCAUUAAUGACAAAAGCUAUAAGAAGAGCAUCAUGAACCUCUCCAGCCUUCACAAGGACCGCCCCAUGGAGCCGCUGGACCUGGCUGUGUUCUGGGUGGAGUUCGUGAUGAGGCACAAGGGGGCGCCGCACCUGCGCCCCGCGGCCCACGACCUCACCUGGUACCAGUACCACUCUUUGGACGUGAUGGGCUUCCUUCUGGCCAUUGUGCUGGCAGUUGUCUUCAUCACGUACAAAUGCUGUGCUUUCGGCUGCCGCAAGUGCUUUGGGAAGAAAGCGCAGGUUAAGAAACCUCACAAAUCUAAGGCACACUGAGAAGUGGGUGCGAAAUGGGGUGACCCAAACUUGCAAAGAGAGCCAGUGUUCAAUUCAUGUGAUUAUGAAAGAAAUACUCAGCCAUAAACUAGGUACCCCAGAGUGUAUUUUAAAAUAAAACGUUUGAAUCGGCAGUCACACCUGAAGGUAGAGAUAUGUGAAUAUGAGUUCGGCUCCAUUGGGGAUCUCUGAUCUGGACUACACCUGUCAUCUUUCAAAUGACUUGCUGGGAGAGAGGGUUGGACAGGCGUCCUUCACUCUCCACUACUUUUCUUUCUCAGAAAUGGGGACUGGUUUGGGAGCCCAGGUCUCAGAGAUGGUCCCUCCGCUGCUGCUGAAACCACAGUUCUAAUAUCGUCAUCUGACUUCUGUAGAUGGUUGUGAUCAAUUCCUUCACCAAUAAUGGCAGCUUAAUUUAUGUUCAUGCUUCACAGAUGUCACUUGGUGUAUUUAAAAAAGGAAAUGUUUAUUCUUGUAGGGCAUAGUACUUGAAAUAAAGCAAUGACAUAAUUCCUUUAUUUCAAUAAAUGAAAUAAAUGAAAGAGUCUUUCAAGAACGUGUGUAAUGUCUGACUUUUGGGGGAGAAGAAUGGUGCACAAAAUUGAUGGGUGGCAUCCUCGAAAGGAGAAUCAUUGCUUGUGCCAAAUGGAUCUAAAUUU